AUGGAUUUUGACGUUUUAGAUUACAUCUCGAAAGAUGAAAAGCCGCAUAUCCCAACCAAUCAACAGAAUGAAGAAAUCUUGUUUAAACGUUCAACUCCUAUCAUAGAUCAUAAUAUAGACACUGUUUCAUCAUCAACUGAAAAUACUUAUGAUACUCGUUGUCAAGUGGUUCCUUUACAAUUGUUAGAUUUACCUCCUGUCAAGACAAUGCCAUAUUUUGUAAUAUUUACAAUUUUAAAACUUUUAAAACCAUCUGUUCAGUUGAAUUUUUCACACACUCAGUCAUCUCAAGAUACUGACAAUACCACAGGUUUACCAAAUCUUUUGGAAACAUAUUUUUACGACCAUAAUGAGGAAGAAAAGAAGAAUAUUACAAACUUAAUAGAUAUUACAAUGCUAUGGUUUAAAAAAAAUUGGAACUUUAUAUUUAACUUGGCUAGUAUUAAUAUAGAAUACAAACAAAAGUUUGUUAACAAAAUACGUUCAUUAUUGGCUAAUAAUUCAAAAGCUUCCCUAUUAUCAUACUAUACGAACAUAAUAGCGUUUUGUGAAAAUUCGCUAGACACUGAAAUGGCAAGUAGCAUGGAUUUACAGACGGUAACAGUUACUAAGGAGCAUAUUUUAAGAGAAUGUAGUUUAAGAAUUGCAGAAAAUUGUGGAAGAACAGCACAACCGUCCACAAGUAGGUUCUUUCAAUUAGACAAUAUGUGUAAAAGAAUUGAACUAUUUGAACCAGGCUUGACCAAUGAUAACUUAGGUUUUAAAACAUGGGGUGCUUCCCUAAAACUAUCUCAAAUAAUUUGCAAUUAUGUUUUCCCAACAGAUUAUUUAUAUAGCAAAAAUAAUUUUAACUGCGCUAAUGAUGCUAAUAAAAAUUAUAAGAUCCUGGAAUUGGGUGCAGGAACUGGUUUAGUUGGUAUUUCGUUUAUUUGUAAGAAUAUGCUUGAUACUGAGACCAAGAAUACAUAUGCAGCUAACGGUAUAGAUGUUUAUUUGACAGACUUGCCGGAAAUUACAGAGAAUCUAUGGCGAAAUGUAAAAUUAAAUUAUAAAAUGGAUGAUCAACGUAAUAGCACCAACAACAAGGUCAUUGUUGAUGUGCUGGAUUGGACUGAUCCUUCAGCAUUUAUCAAAGCCAAUAGAAUUACUCAAUUCGAUGUAAUAUUAAUUGCAGAUCCAAUCUAUUCGCCACAACACCCAUAUUUAAUAGUUAAUAUGAUGAAGACGUUUUUAAGAAAACCGCGAUCCGAUGGCGAUAAUACCGGUAUUAAAGGCGGUGUUGUAUUACUAGAAAUUCCAGUUAGAGAUAAGUAUGAAAAGGAGAGACAGUUACUAUGGGAUUUGUUAGAUCAGAAUGGUCUUCAAAUCAUACAUCAAAAUGUUGAAACGGGUGUUGAUGACUUCGGUCCCACCAAAUAUAUAUUUUCUAAAAUAGCUUGGAAAGGAAAUAUGUAA